GAUUUGACGGAGGCGUUGCUGCCGAGGAGCUGCAUUCAGAGCCUGAGAGGAGCUGAAAGAAGCAAGGAGGCUUCUCGACAGUCGCAGCCGGUCCAGCAUGUCGUUUUUCCUGCUCCUGGGACUAAAAACCACAGGCGGCUGCAUGGUUUCCUCUGAUUUUUAAUGGCACUGAAGCGCCUCGUCGUCAAAUGAAGCCCAGUGUAAACAUGUUCAGCUGGAUUUGGUUCCCGCCGCUGCUCGUGCUGGUUUUGGUUCAAGCUCAAGUAGAAAACCGAGUGACUUUCCUGCCUGGCAUGUUCCAGAACGUGAAUAUCACGCAGAACGAGACGGUCCAGGCCGUGGUGUCCAGGAUCCCCCCGGCGGUGGCCUUUGUCACGCUGCAGUUCCACACGCAGCACCACAACGCCACGCUCUCCUACGACAGGAUACCAGCCACUGGCCAGUCUCUGACCGGAGUGGAUGCAGGACUGCUCUCAGCUCUCCAGCCGGGCCAAACGUCUCUGUCCUUGUUCCUGUCAUCUCCAGACGGUGACACGGUGACGGGCACCGGGGUCAUCCUCCCCUUCUCCAGCACUGACCCGGUCCCUGGAGCCUGUAACAUCGAGUUUAACCUGGACGUGGACCCAAACAUCUACAUCCACUACAACCUCUACGAGACCACCAUCCGCUUUGCUCCGGCUAAUUUAGGAUCUGAGAGAGGCCAGCCUCCUCCGGUUUGUGACGAAUCGACAGGAAGCAGCACCCGCUGGCGGCUGCAGUAUGACGUCUACCAGUACUUCCUGCCUGAGAGCGACCUGUCAGAGAGCAGCCUGUUCGCUGGCUUUAAGGCCAUGGCCAACACAGAGGGCGUGGCGGCAAACGGCAGACGGGUCAUGACGCUGAAGUCAACAGAGAAGACCACCGUGGUGUUCACCUCCAUCCCCGGUCAGGGGGUGGUCUACUCUGUCGUCGUCAGAGACCCCCUGUUGAACACCUCAGCCUCUUACGUUCCCACCCACACCUACGCCUGCAGCUUCACCUCCACUCUGGACAGCUGCCAGACACUCGGAAAGAUCUCCACCAAGAUCUUUUUUACCAUCACUGGCUUGGCAGGCUUGUUCGUAUGCUUCUUUGGGCAUCGGUUCUUCAAAUGUGAACUGUUCUGCAUGGGGUUCAGCUUUUUGUCAUUUUUCUUCUUCGUCCUCAUCACCAGAACCACAGAACUGGACUACGACAUCCGUCUGACCCUGUCAGGGGUGGUGGGCGUGGUGGGUGGAGUCCUGCUGGUGAUGAGCUGGUGGCGUUUCGGUUCAGUCAUGGCCUGCGUGGUGGUGGUCGGCCUGAUGCUCGGCUUUCUCAUCGCCUCCAUCGUCUUCUUCACUCCGCUGGGUGACCUCAAUGUGUUCAGGAACUCUGAUGCGGUUUUCUGGGUGACGUUCUGCUGCAUCACCAUCGUUGUGCCGCUCUUCUUCGUGCGGUGGCCCAGAGAGGGAAACAUCACUACGUGUGGCAUCGUCGGUGCGUAUGCCGUCAUUCUGGCGGUCAACGCCUACAUCUACACGAGCCUCUCCUACAUCACACUGAACAUCCUCAAGCGCCUUCUCAACGGCAACUUCAGCGCCAUGUUCACCGACGUGCCCUUCCAAACCAUCGGCAGACUAUGCCCUGAUUACGGUGUGGGCGGUGCUGGGUGUGGGUGGCAUGGUCCUGCAGCUGUACCGCGAGCGCUCGCGGCCGUUCUUCCCACCCAGCCCGUACCUCAUGUGGCUGCAGGAGCGCGAGCGCCGCAAGACCAACGUCCUGGACCCGAGCCAUCACUUCCCCUCACUGCCCAGCCGCCUGCUGGAGCGAGUGCGGCAGCUYACCAGGCGGAGGGAGCCGGUGGGAGAACACACGCCGCUCCUCCUCUAGAACCUGACGGAGAGGUUCUGGUGUUUGAGCUGAACGAUCUGCUGAUGGAAAAGCAACAAAAACAAACUUUACUUUUAUUGAACAUCCAAAGGACUUUAAACAGGUGGAAAUUAGUAAAAUGUGUCAAAUGUGGAUUUUCAAGAUGUUACUUCUGCUCAUCGUUUGCACUAAAAACACAGACCACUACUUUUUUAAAAUGUAAAAAAUCAUUUUAUCUUGAGAUAAAAAUUCUCCUUAGUUUUAAAUACCAAAGCCAAACUUUUAUUUUGAAAUUUCAGAACAUAAAUUAGCCAAACUUGGAGAUAAAACAUUCAUUUUAUUUUUUAUGAUUCUGAAACAGACUAAACUAUGAAAACUAUAAAUAUUUCUCUACAGCCAUUUUUAAAAACUUUUAUUUUGUAGAUUUUCCUGCCUAAAUGCCUACAGACCAGUGUUUUUUGUACUUUGCACAUUCAUGAACCUGCUGGUUUUCUUAAAUUAUGCAGAUUUACCAAAACAGGUUAUCUGUGGUGUAAUGUUUUGAUAUUUAAUAAAAUGUAUGCCGUCUGUUCUUCGCAGGUUCUGUUGUUAAAUAAUGAAAAUACAGGAUUCGAUUUUUUUAUGUAACUGUUGUAAAAAUAUAUUUUAUGUGUUUGAUGAUAAAACAAAGAAGUAGCCUGUG